AUGGGGAAUAUUGGAAGCCGUCUAGAUGACUCCGGGAGCUUGUUCUUCAAGGACCAGGCAAGGUUUACGAUCGCUUCCGUUACGAUAAGCAAUUCUAGACAACGGGUGUUAUUGAACCUUGUUCCAAAUUCAUUUCCCGCCACUAGAUAUACAGCCAGGCGCGACAGUGGUGAUGAUAGUCCGAUUGAGUAUAUACAGGACCCCGAUCUCUCGUCCUCCGCGCCCGUACCCUCGUUCCUAUUACGUUUAAACAACGAGGAAGAACUUAAUUUUAAAUUCACCUUCAUAUUAAGACAGACUCAAACCGGCAAUGUUGCGAGUUCCAAGGUCAAUGGCGUCUCAACCUCUCUUCCAGAGGUGUCUGAUACCGUACUUACAGGCCUCACGUUUGCGCAUGCGUCCAACUCCAAGGAACUGGAUAAUUUGAUUACCAGGGAGUUCCAUGCAAACCCUAAUCUACAGAAUAAUUCGAACGUGCAGUUGGUCGGGGACUACUCAACGGGAGGCAGCCCAUCCGUUCAAUUUGACUGGUCCUGGAAAUGGAAACCCCCCAAGACAAUAGAGGAUAGAGGUGGCGGUUGGCGCAACAGUUGCAGUUUCUUGGAUUAUGACCAAAGGACGAACCGCUUGAACACUCUCGCCCAUUUUUCGUUUUGGGUACAUAACACCGUUCGUUUGCUUCCAAGUCCGCAGAUAUUGUCACCCAACUUGGAAAUCAAUUUCCCAGUUCGCAAUCGCAUCCCCUCCUCACAGUCCGUUCUUUCGCAUUCCAGCGAUGUAGACGCACCGCCCAACCCUCAUAUACCCCCAAGUACGCCACCAGAAGUGAACGAUAACCAAGCCUCCGCUCCCCCGCCUCCCGUCAAAGUUGAUCUUCCACAUUCCCGACCAGGAGAAGACAUGAGUGUGGUUGAAGAUGGACCGUUGUUCCGCGCGACGAUGAAGGCUUUGGAGCAGAAAACAGGUAAUAUGCGCAGCAAAAUCAAGAAAGUGCUCAAGAAAGCCGAAGCUGCCCAACAAGCCCAGGCGGCUUGCAAUGAUGCCGUAGAGGCAUUCCUCACUGCACUGAACGACGCCUCAACGUCAAAUGCAAAUGCAAUCCAGCCAGCAUUAGACCACUAUUUCGAAAAAAUCGCGCGGCAGAUUUUGAGUUACGAGCAACUGAAUACGGUUCAGCUUCAGAAACUCAUUAUUGAACCCCUGGUCAAACUCUACCAUAAUGACAUCAAACAAGCCGAGGCCAAGAAGAAAGAAUUUGAUGAAGAGAGCAGGGACUACUAUGCAUAUGUCAGCCGCUAUCUCGGACAGCGACAGGACUCAUUAAAAGAGAAAAAGCGGGCAGAAAGUGACUCCAAAUACCAGGCUAAGCGGAGAAAUUUCGAGUUAAGGCGUUUCGAUUAUUCCUCGUUCAUGCAGGAUCUCCAUGGCGGCCGAAAAGAACAGGAAGUUCUGUCUCACUUGACCAAAUAUGCGGAUACCCAGGCCAAGAGCUUUUUGUCAGCAUCCAAAAAGAUUGAAGAAAUGGUCCCUCAACUUGACGCUCUCAUACAUGAAGUCAGCCAGGCCGACAAGGAGUUUCAGUUUCUGAGGACAGAGAGAGAAGAAAAGCGAAGAGCAUUGGAGAAAAAUAGCAAUACCUAUCUCGAGCCUGAUUCUCUAUCCAAUCCUGGCCCACCGUCAACCACGACCGGAAAUGCUAAUGGAAACCAAAACCCCGAGAGCGAACUGGGCCGCGCGGAUAGCACUGGAUCCCAACUACGAAGCGUUAUUAGCAACAGUUCCUCCCUGUCAUCUCAGGCGAAUCCCGUAGGGCUCAACACAUCGGGUGGGGCGCCCAAUGUUACCUCGAGCAUAGGUUCGACUGGUACGUCUGCUCAAAACCGCUUCAAGGGCAUCCGGGAUCUUGAGGAGCGAGAUUCCCUAGGUUCUGACAAUGCUGCAGGCCAGCAAAGAAAAGAGGGACUUCUCUGGGCACUUUCGAGACCGGGGUCUCAUAUCGAUCCGAAAGGGAUCAAUAAACAGGCGUGGCAUAAAUUCUGGAUUGUGUUGGAUCAAGGCAAACUUUCGGAAUACAGCAAUUGGAAACAAAAGCUGGAUUUACAUAUGGACCCCAUCGACUUACGAAUGGCGUCUGUGCGAGAGGCACGAAAUGCCGAGCGCCGGUUCUGCUUUGAAGUCAUAACGCCCCAGUACAAGCGAAUUUACCAGGCAACAUCGGAAGACGAUAUGGGUAACUGGAUCCGGGCUAUCAAUAAUGCCUUGCAGAGUGCUGUGGAAGGUCGAGGCAUGUCCCCGCCCCCAGUAUCCUCUAAGAACGAUAACCCCUCGUUUGGGCGCGAUAUUGGCUCUGUGUUGACUGGGAAGAGUUCUUCAUAUUCAGGCCAGCACUCCCAUUCCACAAACUCGAACAAUACUGUGAGCCGCCGGACAACAGUUGGUGCACGGCCAAGCUACGUGCGCAAUGAUAGCAACAACUACGAAGAAAACCCGUCCAAAUUGCUUCAAGCCGUUCGCGAUGCGGACCAGGGUAACAAUUGGUGUGCAGAUUGCGGAUCAGCAUCCAAAGUCGAGUGGGUGUCUAUCAACUUGGGGAUUGUGCUGUGCAUCGAGUGCAGCGGUAUUCAUCGGUCCCUUGGAACACACAUAUCUAAAAUCCGGUCUCUCACACUCGAUGUGAACUCCUUCUCAAACGAUAUUGUCGAGAUACUGCUGCAGAUUGGCAACCGCGUCAGCAACAUGAUCUGGGAGGCCACUCUAGACCAAACGCAGAAACCAUCAGCCAACUCUACUCGGGAGCAGCGGCUGAAAUUCAUCAGCGCCAAGUACAGUGAAAGGGCCUAUGUGCAGCAACUGCCUUCAUCACAGUCACGCUUCGGGACAUCCGACGAAACUCUUCUUGCCUCAAUUAAGAAGAAUGACAUCCAAGGCGUUCUUUACGGCAUUGCGCUGCGAGCCAAUGUCAAUGUAACUGACCGUUCUCGGAACACGCACGCGAUUUUCCUUGCUCUGGCAGCGGCGGAUCCUGCAUCACCGGGAUCGACCCCAACCAGCCUGCCCUCUCGACCCACUACAGCCACAUCUGUGAAGGCGAUCCCUUUCCCGGUUGCUGAACUACUUGUGCAGAACGGGGCCGAGAUUCCUUCGCAACCACCGCCUAUCCCUCUUUCGCCGGCAGCUCAGUUGUACCUCAGUCAGCGGACGGCUAGAGUGGUAGCGUUUGGCUCGCCGCCAGCAGCACCAGUGUCGGGCAAAGCCACAUUGGACACAUUAGGAUCACUCCCCUCAAUCCGGGGAGCCGGGAACGACAACCCCGGGUCAUUGUCCAACGCACCGAGCUCCUUGGACAACAAGGAACGGGAAAAAUUGCAUAAGAGAGGAAGUGCCGGCGCCCGAUUUGCGGGGAAGGUCGCCUCUCUUGGUAUUGAUCGAUAA